UCUUCGUCUCUUCUCUUCACACCUAUCUUACCCGUAUAAAUACUCGGCCCCAUCCUCUCUCUCCUGCAUCGUCCUCCUCUGCUUCCGCAACUAUCCUUCGCCCGCACUCCCUCGCCAUUAAUCAUCCGUUAUCUCUCAUCCCAUAUCGAUAAUACUCGAUAACACUCCUUCAAUUGGGGCCACUCUCUUGCCUCUUUACGACACUCUCUCUACUGCCCAUCCUUUCAACGAACCCCCCGCAACGCACACUCUCCCUUGCUCCUCAGCGUUCGUCAUUGCAUCCCGUCAUUCAUCCCCUCCUUGAUCCUGUUCUCAUUCACCUCCCACCUCGGCUGCACACCUCUCCUUCAUUCCUCACACUCUUACUCAUACAGCAUCAAAUGCGCUUUGCCCAAUCAUCCAACAUGGAUACCGACAUCACCCCUUGCCGGUUCUAUAGCAAACACUACUUGACAGACAUGCCCGAGAACAUCUGGCUCGAGAUCUUCAGCUUCCUCACCCUUGAGGAGAAGUUCAAGGCUGCUGGAACCUGCCGCACAUGGCACCGUAUCCUUGCCGAUCCCUCGCUUUACACCCACAUCACCCUCGACAACAUGGAGUUCAACACUCUGGUGCUCUGCAUGCAGCAGUUGUGCCGCCUUGCACCACGCAUGCGCUCCCUCUGUAUAUCCAACUGCUAUUCAUCCUUCAUCUCAAAAACCACUGUGCCCAUCCAAAAUACGGCGAUUAUGCAUCAUUUCCCUCAGCAGCCCGGCAUGCACUCCUUGUACUCCCAUAUCACCUCCUUUACUCUCCCGCGUCGCCGUGAGGAAUACCGCAAGCUCGGUUUCACCCUACACCAAGACUUUUCCCGAGCGCUCAUCACACUAAUGGAGCAGAGUCAAGAAACCAUCAAGUCUCUGGAUAUCCACGACAACUUUCUCGACCUCGAAAUGACCGAACUCAUCUUUAGCAUCGUCCGCAACGGCCGCCAUCUCGAAAACCUGCUCUAUGAUCGCAACAGGGACGACGGUUUCUUUUCACCCGAGAUCGUCAGCGCUAUUACCGCCGCAUGCCCGAACAUUAAGAGUUUCCGUGGCCAUCACGGUAUCUCGGACACUGUUCUUCGCAGGAUGAUGACAGGAUGGAAGGAUCUUCGCUCAAUGACGCUCGCACCUUAUCAGGCACAGGCGGUCGGGACUAAGGAAGUCAGCAUGGAGGGAUUGUGGUCAUUACUCGAGUGCGGCACGAUUGAGUCACUGGAGCUGCUCGACCUGGAUUGCGUCUCCAACGACAACGUCCACAUCAUGGUGCAGCGCGUGAAGCAGCUGCAAGCCACAAGUUUUGAACGCACAGCCAGCUCACCUUUGAGCCAUCCCUUUGCACACCACCACUCUUACUUCGCCACAUUACCACCAACCACACUUGCGAACCCCCUCCCCGGUAAAUCAGUCCGCCAUCUGACGAUCACCAAGUAUACCUCUUCACCCCUAACGCUCCCAGGAUUCAGGGCCAUCCUCAAGCUGUUCCCCAACCUCGAGUCCUUCAAGUUCACGACCAACUUUUUCACAUACCACCAUCAAUUCCAGGGUCUCACCAAGGAAAUUUACGAGGAAGAGAUCGUCCUGGUUGAGCGGAUGAUCCGCGCAGAAAUGACAGAACGUUGGGGCAAUGCUCGUGCUGCGUACAGCUGGCAAGGGGAGUGGGAUGCAUCAGUAACACAGGAGCAGCUUCUUCGAGCGAGCAUUAUGCGCUCGGGAUGAACUCCCAAAAAGGGAAUAUGCAAUGCUCACUGUCCUUAGCAAAGCAAAAACAUUCUCCCCCCUUUUUCUUUGUUCCUGUAGUCUAUACCAUACCACAUUGUUCCUUCCCCUUCACUUCAGCUGCCGCACUAAUGCCGCCCGCCUUUGGUAGCCAUAUUUACUCUUUGCCGUCCUUUAUUUUUGAUACCAUUUUAUUGUUGAUUAGCAACCUGCGACUUUGUACAUGUAAAUAUAUUUUCCUCGCGCACUUGUACCAUUAUCUUUUGGGCCGUAAUUGCAAAACAAAGACUGCAUAGAUGAGAAGUAUGUCUUUUUGUGUGUGUGUGUGUGUGUGUGUGUGUGUGUGUGUGUGUGUAUGU